AAUCCUGGAAUGAGCUUUAACACCUAGUAGUUCUUCAUAAUAUGCUCAUGUAUGUCUUGCUGAAUUAUAAAGUCUAGAUACAUAGAGUUGCUAUUGACCUUAUUGAUUAAUUUAGUGUUCAGCACAUGGCACAUAGAAAGUGCUCAGUAAAUCUGAAGUAAUGGGAAGUCUCCGUAGGGGAGUCUCACCAGAUUGCAGAACAUGCCCUUAUGAAUGAAUAUGUUCCAAACCACACAUUCUCAAGCUUUGUGGCCAGUAAUCAUGGAUAGAAAGUGGAUUGUGAUGUGUACAGAACUUGGGAUCUUAGGAAGUUCCGUAACUAAGAGAAGGAAGAAGUAACAACAGCCAGUGGAGACAAAAAGAAUUGCUUCUCUGUUCUUUCCCACUCCAAGUUCUUAGUGGAGGACUGAGCCCAGYAUCCCAGACUUGUGUGACUAUAUACGCAAGCAUUCAAAGUCUCAACUUGAUUUUGGUCCCUUAGCCAUCAAUGGCUCAAGGUCUUGGCCUCUGAAUAGACAGAGGCAUCUUAAGUAGCAAAACUCCUUACUUUAAGCAAACCCAAAAUCAUGAAGGGAGACACCAUGGAGUCAGCACCACCCACCGCAGCCUAUCGCUCUGUCAUGGAAGAGUAUGGUUAUGAGGUGGGCAAGGUCAUUGGCAAUGGCUCCUAUGGGACUGUGUAUGAGGCUUACUACACAAAGCAGAAGGUCAUGGUGGCUGUCAAGAUCAUCUCAAAGAAGAAGGCCUCUGAAGACUAUCUUAACAAGUUCCUGCCCCGUGAGAUACAGGUAAUGAAAGUCUUGCGGCACAAGUACCUCAUCAACUUCUAUCAGGCCAUUGAGACAACAUCCCGAGUGUACAUCGUUUUGGAGCUGGCUCAAGGUGGUGAUGUCCUUGAAUGGAUCCAGCGCUUUGGGGCCUGCUCUGAGCCCCUUGCUGGCAAGUGGUUCUCCCAGCUGACCCUGGGUAUCGCCUACCUGCACAGCAAGGGCAUCGUGCACCGCCUGACCCCCAGCCUUUCUGCUGCUAGUAGGGAUUUAAAGUUGGAGAACCUGUUGCUGGACAAGCGGGAGAAUGUGAAGAUAUCGGACUUCGGCUUCUCCAAGAUGGUGCCUUCUAACCAGCCUGUGCGUAGUAGCUCUUCUUACCGCCAAGUGAACUUAUUUUCCCACCUCAGCCAGACCUACUGUGGCAGCUUUGCUUAUGCCUGCCCGGAGAUCUUGCUAGGCUUGCCCUACAAUCCUUUCCUGUCUGACACCUGGAGCAUGGGCGUCAUCCUCUACACUCUAGUGGUCGCCCAUCUGCCCUUUGAUGACACCAAUCUCAAGAAGCUGCUGAAAGAGACUCAGAAGGAGGUCACUUUCCCAUCUAACUGCACCAUCUCCCAGGAGUGCAAGAACCUGGUCGUCCGGAUGCUACGCCCAGCUACCAAGCGUGCCACCAUCCUGGACAUCCUCAAGGAUCCCUGGGUGGUCAAAUUCCAGCCUGAGCAACCCACAUAUGAGAUCAGGUUACUUGAGGCUAUGUGCCAGUCCCCCAACAACAGUAAUCGUCGUCGCCAGUCUUUGGAAGUCAGGACCUGAAAAUAACUGAGGCAAGGUGCUGAGAGGAGCAAAGUAGGAGGGUCUGGGGCUUUUAUACCAAAAAUAAA